AAUGGGGUCUGUACUGUUGCAGAGACUGUUGAACCUAGGUCCACAGAAUGCUCUGAUGUCAUCACUGAGGUUAGAGAAUUCUGCUGUAGGCCUGGCAACCUUUGAAACUUAACAGCCCUGGUGAGCACUAAGCAGUACUGCUUGUUCACUAAGUGGUCCAAGUUGUUCAGCCAUUUAGGAGACUUGACUAUUUUUAUUUGUAUUGAAUCAUUUCAACGGAUUUCCCAAAAGCCAAGAAGGGCCAACCUGUAGGGAAGAGGAGGAGUUGGACGUGAGGCAUCUUCUAAGGGAAUCUUCCAGUUGGUACGAUGAGACGGCGACAAAAGAGGAAACAUCUGGAAAGUGAAGAGUCCCAGGAAACUGCCGAGAAGGGAGGAGGAAUCUGGAGAUUACAUCGAGACACUCCCCGGCCUAGAGCACCCCUAGCCCGGGUUCAGGAAGAAGGGGAGACCGCUCCCCCACCACAGUGUGUCGCCUUCUCAUCCCCUUCAUUCAGUAAGACCUCUCUGUAUACAAACAAAGAGGAAAGAGGCAUGAAAAUAUACUACAUGCGGGUGAAAACGAUCAAGGGUGUAGCUGUCUCCUGGGAGACAGAGAAACCCUUGGGGUUGCUAGAAAAGCGGCUGAGGAUAGAAGAAGUGACCCUUCCUGAGGAUGUGCGUGUAGGUUCUCCCCGCUCUGCUGUGUCCACCAGAAACCGCCUGUCUGACAGUGAGCCCACUGGGGAGGAGAAAGAGUGUGAGGAAAGGGCAGAGCCAUACAGCCCAUCAGGGUCAGCUGCAGUCCAGGAGAGACCCAGGGCCAAGACACCGGACUGGCUGGUGACCAUGGAGGCCGGCUUCAGGUGCAUGGCCUGCUGCCGGGUGUUCCCCACCUUGGAGAUCCUCCGGCAGCACGUGCGGUACGGCGUCCAGGAGGGCUUCAGCUGCCAUGUCUUUCAUCUCACCAUGGCCCAGAUGAUGGGCGAUGUGGAAUCCGAGAGCACCACCGAGGAGGAGGUGGAGGAGGGAGAGGAGGAGGAGAAGCAAGGAGCAAAGGAGAAUGAGGAGGAGCAGCCCACGGGGGAAGACCUCAGCCCGAGGAGACCGUGGAGCCAAUGUCCAGGCUGCGUGUUACAUUCUCCGAAGGAGAGGAAGUGA